AAAAGGUAAACACGGAAGUCCAAUCCUAAAUAUAGUCUGGAUGUGGUUGCUCUUAAUAUGUGUCUUUUUAGUGAUUAAUAUGGUUAUAAAUCUGUAGCGGAGGACACAAAAGAUCAAGAAAGCGUCAAAAAAACAAGCAGCUGAAUAGUGGUGUCGUUCAGGCUUAUAUAAAGUUUGUACCGCACACGGAGCUGAGAACUUCAAUGGCUUCAGAUAAGCAAGUCACAUUUGUGAUCGUCGGUGGAGGAAUCGCAGGUGUAACUUGUGCAGAACAGAUCGCAUCGCAGUUCGCAUCAGAUGAAGUUUAUCUUCUGACAGCCUCACCCUUAGUAAAGGCGGUUACAAAUUUCAAACAGGUGUCGAAGACGUUGGAAGAAUUCGAUAUCGAGGAACAGCCCUCCAGUGUUUUAGAAGAAAAGUAUCCCAAUCUGAAAGUCCUACAAUCUGCAGUCAAACUCCUGCGAGCUAAAGAACAUCUUUUACAAGCAGAGAAUGGUCAGACGUUUCAUUAUAAAAAGCUGUGCAUCUGCAGCGGAGCCAGACCCAAGCUUCUCACCCAAGAUAACCCUCAUGUGCUGGGCAUACGAGACACAGACAGCGCUCAGGAGUUUCAAAAGCGAUUAUCAAAGGCUAAAAGGAUAGUUGUCAUUGGCAAUGGAGGAAUCGCAUUAGAAUUGGUGUAUGAAGUAGAAGGUUGUGAAGUGAUCUGGGCUAUAAAGGAUAAAGCCAUAGGAAACACUUUCUUCGAUGCAGGAGCCGCUCAGUUUCUCAUUCCCUCCCUGGAGGCUGACAAAAAAGAAAGAUCGUUGCCCUGCAAGAGAGCACGCUACACUACUGACAAGACUGGAGCAGACCACAGUGGGGCUUCAGGGGGGCUUGGCAGUGCCUUGGGCCCAGAUUGGCAUGAGGGGAUUGAACUAAGAGGAACAGUGCAGAAUUCCAGUGGAGUGCGUGUAGAAUAUGAGUGUGAGGUUGACACGAUCUACACCCAGCAGGAGUUCUUGCAGUCCCAACUCGACACAAAGAAAUCUGAAUUAGGGCUGUGGCCAACUUAUGUUCAGUUAACAAAUGGGAAGAUUUAUGGCUGUGAUUUCGUUGUUAGUGCAACAGGCGUUGUGCCAAACACUGAUCCUUUUCUCAGUGGCAACAAUUUUGAACUGGCAGGAGAUCAUGGUCUGAGAGUGGACGAUCAAAUGCGGACGUCUGAACAGGAUGUGUAUGCGGCUGGAGAUGUGUGUACUGCAGGCUGGGAGCCCAGCGCUCUCUGGCAACAGAUGCGAUUGUGGACUCAGGCGCGUCAGAUGGGCUGGUACGCAUCACGUUGUAUGGCUGCAGAUGUUCUGGAGGAGCCUAUAGAGCUGGACUUCUGCUUUGAGCUGUUCUCACACAUCACCAAAUUCUUCAGCUACAAGGGGGUUUUGCUAGGGAAGUUUAAUGCUCAGGGUUUGGGUCAGGACCAUGAGCUUCUUGUGCGCUGUACAAAAGGCCAGGAGUAUGUAAAGUUGGUUCUGACUGGGGGCCGAAUGGUGGGAGCCGUCCUUAUCGGAGAGACGGACCUGGAGGAAACUUUCGAGAACCUCAUUCUCAACCAAAUGGACUUAUCCCGAUAUGGCGAGGAGCUUCUUAAUCCUAAUAUUGACAUUGAAGACUACUUUGACUGAAUCGUUCUGGUUAGUCAAUGACAAAGAGAUGAUUAAUUUAUUUUAAAGCUGCACCAUGCAAUUUGUGUUCUACGAAACAGUUGUUCAAAAAUGUUGUUUUCAAACACUACACCGGUCUUGUUCAGCAACAGGAGGUCCUACCUCAAUCUGUUGCCUUUGGUCGAGGCAAUAUUGUCAUGCUGAGCACGCAAAUAAACAGACUUAAAAUUUCUUUUCACAGCUAGAGGUGCAGAAAUUGCACAUUGUAUUUUAAAAGAGUAGUUCACCCACAAAUGGAAUACAUAAUUCACCUGGUCCAUGAACUGAAUUUCAUUUCUUCGUCAAGUUUUCUACUGUAAAAUCAUAGCUGUCUGCAAGGAGCAGAUGAAAACGUGUUAUUAUUCACUAAAAUUCUUCCUGUAAAAACAUUGUGACCAGAUCAUAGAAUAUAUGAUCCAAAUACAUAGUUGGUCUUGAGAAUCUGAUGACUCUGAUUCAUUAACAAAUUAUUCUGUUUUUUGUGAUCAACUCAUUUACUGAAAAGAUGUGAUUCAAAUGAAUGGUUUGUUCGGACACAGCUGCAUCUCUCAUUAAUAUGCCCAGGGCAACUGGGGUGGAUGUCAAGAUUUUCACUAAAUAAUGACUUGGAUUUUGGUUGGCUCCUCAUUUUGGUCGUAUGGACCACUUUUACUGAUGCGGAGUUGCAAUUCGUUCAUCGCACAAAGCUGGCUUCAGAAAACAGGAACUGUAAAGGACUACUUGUAUGUCCUUUUCGAAGCUUGAAAGCUCCAGUUCCAGUUCUUUGCAUGGAAAAUAGUGACUAGUACUUUGUUUAAAAUUUCUAAUUUUGUGUUCCAAGUCAUAUGGGUUUGGAAUGAUAGUGAAGGUUCAUAAAAACUAUUACGCUGAACUUUCAUUUUUGGGUGAACUAUUCCUUUAAGGAACUAUGAGCUAUUAGAAGUAACCAAUGGAUAACGCACAUUGAGAAAGCAAGUAAGAAAAACACGGACACAAGAAAUAGCUUCUAUUGAUUGAUUCUUUAUUUAGAAGUGCCCCGUUUUCACAUCAUGAGGCUAAAAAUGAAGUCCAUGUAUACUGUAGCUACACUAAAGUAUUGUGUUUAGUUUCAACAUGGCACCUUUCAGUUUUGUGGGAUAUGUGUCUGUUGAGCUCCAACUCCCAUAAUGAUCCUUUGGUAAUCAAUUCUGUGAUCUCAACUCGUAUUUAUCCUUUUUUGGAAUGAUUUUUGGCCAAGAGUGGAGGGGAAAUCAUUACUUCAAGUGAGCUUCCGAUGGUCUUUACUGUAUAUGGGUGAAAAUAAAUGUUAAAUUAAUUCAGUAUAACAUUAAAUGACUUCCCUUUAAAUCCAUCAAAUCUUCUUUAAAACUUCCAUUAAAUCCGAAACUUUUGCAAAAAUAUUUUCCCAAAGACACCUUAGUUCUGCAUUAUCCUGUAUUAUAUAAACAUUCUGGCAUUUUACACACAUUCUAGGUC